AUGACGGUCGCCACCAUGCGCGAGUACAGCACGGCAAUGCGUCUGCAGCAGUACCACACAAGGACAAAUGCAGAAUUUGGCGUCCCAGAAUGUCUUUUGAUGGAGUUAAGAAGAGGGAUUCCCAUCAUUUGCCAGGCAGGUGUAUCCAUUGCGUCUUUGUCCCCUAAGGCGGCCAGCAUUGUGUGUCGUGAAAUGAAUAAUAUGAUGAGCGCCACUUCGCCGGAGCACCGGGUGCAGUGUAUCUCGCAGAUAACAGGUGCCUUACGUGAGGGCGCUUUUAUGUCCCAGAGGAAUACCACCGAGUGCAGGGCGUUUCUGCAGAAGCUAGCGAUACACUUUGUCUUUCCGCUCAUGUUGCGUUGUGAGGUGCGAUACCUGCACCGUGCGCUUGCAACCUUGAUUCGGACUGUCUACGUGAUGAACGAGGAACUUGAGACGUGUUUCUGUGAGGCAUUCACCGCCUCGCACAUCCGCUGUUGGGAACCAGAGACGCCAGGGCGACGACCCACCAUUUUGGGCGACGAUGCAGCAUCCACGUUGGAAAAUGCAACUGCUCUACUACGGUUUAAGGAUUCAAUUAUGAGUUGGGUAAACUGUCUUGAUAGCACCGCCGUGGUGGCCAUGCCUCUUUUUCCGCGCAUAUUUGCCAGCACCUUUCUUGAGAUUCUUCCACUUCUUGGGGAGACUUUACAGUGGAUGGUGGCAAAUGCCUCUGCGGGGUGUCGUGAGGUUGACUUGGGGAACGUCAGCGGUGGGACAUUGCUGGGUGAGGACUUGGCGUAUGUGCGGUAUGGGAUUCGCGUUGUCGCAACGUACACCCAUAAAUUCCUGCAUUUGCUUGCGGAUGUAUGGAAUAAGGGGGAUGCACACACCAAUCACGAUUUGGAAGAAGACGUGGAAAAGCUUUUUUCACCGGCAUUAACAAUGCUCUCUUCCUCAGCAUUUCCAAAAGAUGUUCUAAAUGGCGCCGGGUUGCUUGUGUCGUCUCUCUUGACCCUACGGACAUGUGACCCAUGGCUGCUUCUUGAGGUGUGUCGUCUGUGUGGGACAUUUGAUGCACCCGUAGACGUGGCGGUGAAGCUACAGACGAAGCGGGUUGCAUUUUUCUCCGCGUCAGUGCCGCACAAUGACGUGCGAGAGUGGGUAAAACUUGUCUGCGCUCAUGAUCCGCAUCAAUGGCUCAGUGAACAUCCCCAAACACAAGGAUCAUUACGGAAUGUUCUUGGUGCCUUCACUAGCAAUGGUCGAUUUGCGUUGCUGCGGGGUCUGCUGGCGCAUUUAUCCACACCACUUCACGGUGACGUGAACUCUCUUGGCGUUUUACUGAAGCCAAUCACUCCCCUUGCAGACGUGGGAUUUUCAACGGAGACUGUGGUAGUGGUGCACGAUAUCAUUAUGCCGGCUGCUGAGACGUAUUGCUCGGCUCUUCAGGCGCCGGACACACGGUUCAUGGCCAUUCAAACCAUUGACAGCGUUGUGCGACACAUUUCCUCUGUUUUGGCUUGCAUUGCUGAGGUGUUAGACCCUGCGCUGAGUAGAAAUAAAAGCAUAAGAGGUAAUAUGACAAAAAGAAACGUGCAAUGCUCAAACGAAGGAAAUACAUUGAGCGAGUCUCAAAAGCAGGAACUCUUUGGUUUGUGUGCACGCAACCCAAAACUCACCCGCACCUUAAACCAUGCAACGGAGGUUAUUAUGGGGAUGUGGGACGACAACACUCUUCAGGUGACAGGUCCACUGUACGACGCGUACAGUGAGAUCCUCAGUGUACAUGCCGCGCUCAGGCGCUGUGCGGUUUUAUGCACCUCUACCUGUACAACCCAUGUUAUGGAUGAGGAGCUGUUCGACACCACCGAUGCAUUACAACGUGUUCUAUGCAUACCCAACGAGAGGCGUGGGAAGUAUCACGCAUUGCUAGGUAUACUCAGUAUUCUUCCCGUGCCGCAGUUUCUAUCUGUACUGAGGAAACAUUUUUCACAGGACACGACCCCCAUUUUUGAGGUUGAAGGUCUUAGCUGUUUCACCAGAAUGCUUCUUUCUGGUGCCUGUAAUUACAAGAUUGGAAACAUUGCGGGUGAUGUCUUUGCAAAGGUAGCAAUUCGUAUUCGACAGUUGGACCACACCGACGACAGUAAAGAGGUUCUCUUUGUGCAAGGCAUCAUUGAUCCCGUGGUGAAGUCGCUCUUGCUUCCUGGUUACGCAGCACCUCUUCACUUAACUGAGGCUUUUUGUGUUUCGAGCAUUGUGACGCAUAUGAUCAUGCCGUGUCUCAAGUCCGAGGAUGUGUUUCUUCCCAUCUUGCUUUCGCAGCUGACACGGGCACAGGAGGCUAGCAGUAACUUCUCUCGGGUUAAUCAAAGUAUUGUGGAAAUUAUUCAUCGCGCCCGUACUGUAGGUAAGGAUGUCGCUGCCUAUCUUCACCCUAAGAGCCAAACAUUUCAGGCCAUUUUGGCGACGCUGCAGGUGCAUGAAACUGAGCUUCGUUACACAGCGCUGCGUCUCUGUGUGUUGAGUACGAAGAAGGCUGAGACAGUGGAAGGCUGGCAGUGUCGUAUGAUGGAGUGGUAUAUUAGUACCAACAUGUACUGUGGUGGGGACACCGUGGCGAUGCGCGGUCUUUUGGAGGUUUUUAAAAAGUGGAUGCGACGGCUUGUGGAUAGCUACAAAAACCAAAAUAACAAGCUAAGGAAGGGCAUAGAGGGAAGUGAGAGGGCUGCGCAGUAUAAGCUGUUGGUAGUAGAUCACUGUGUGCGGAUGGUUGGCUGUCUGGGUCCACAGAUUGGUGAGAAUGCAAGCUGGUGCUGUAACCUUUCUCUCGAGCGACGUGUAGCGGCCAUGACCACAUAUUCGUGUCUUCUUCGAAGCACACUUGAGUUUCUUUCACUGCAAGAAGUGGAACAGCUUAAAGAGCAAUUGUUUCCCACCGUGCUUAUCGAGGGCCUGUUGGAGUGUCUGUCAGAGGGCUGGGAAAAGGCACGCUUGUCUGCCUUUAAUCUUCUUCUGCUGUACUGCGAUCACGCUCAUGACGCAAUUUUUUCACCGCGUUAUCUUGGCGAUCCUAUGGCGGCAGCUGACGCCAAGGCAGAACUGCUGCGAGCGCGAACGUUUCGAAAGGCAGAGGGUGAAGUGCUUCGUUACAUUUUAGCAACUUGUUUCACGCCAGCAGCGAAGCAAGCAGCGUACGAGAAUCCGUUGCAGGAGUGUGAAAAACGGGUGAGGGAAGUAGAGUUUGGGAUGAGGCUGCUCAAGGAAAAAAUUUCAAAACUGCGUGAAUUGGGAAUAAAAGGUGCCUGUGAAUUUCUUCAGCUUCAUCCCCUACACGGCUCACUCUCGCUUUGUGCGGCUUUACUUUCAAAUGCAUGGGAGGUAAAACGUGAUGCUCCCCAAUUUUACGAGGCAUGUAACAUGUUAUUGCGUUGUUGCAGCGCCGUUCUACAGACAUGCUCCUUUCUUGUUGGUGACGAGCCUGUAAACUCCACUGAUAACAGUGAGGUGGAGGUGGAUUGUCGUGGGCAUGUCUUUGACAAGGAUGGUUCCUGCACAGAGGGCAAGAUGCGUACCGUGGUUAACAACACCUGGCUCAGUAUUCGUACGAGCGCCUCAGCUGUGGAGCGUGUUAUAAAUCUUGUGAGAGUGGAGGAUCUUUCGCUUUCGGCACUUCGUGAGAUAUGCUACGUCCUCAUUGAAUCGCUGCUUCGCACGAAACACAACGGUGUGAUGCGUAAGUUACGGCAAGCGCUUAAAACCGUGGCUUCGGUCCUGCUUCGCUCACGUGAGGUGUCGUAUCACUCACUUCCUGUGGAAAUGCUUGACUUUUUUUUGGGACCAGACGGUGUCACGUCAACAAAUGUUGCGCGGAUGCUUCGGCGGAGUCAGGGUCUACCACACGCCAUAUUGGCAGUUUUGGAAGCUGAAGACCCCACGGUUCCUGCCAUUCUUUUUCCAAAGGCCAUGAAACUGCUGCUGCAGGUGGCGACCGGAGUGCACGUUGGCGGCGAUGAUCCCCAGCAGUGUUUGACUGAAGAGGAGUGUCGUAGUCAGCGUUCAAAUGCGUUAAAUGUUCUUACGUUUAUUUUUGAAAAUAAGAUAUUCGCCUCACGUUCAGUGGCAAAUUUGGAAGAUGCGUUUUGGAUUGCUGCUGCAGGCUUCGAUGACUCCAGCUGGGGAAUACGGAACAGCUCCCUGAUGCUCUUCUCGGCUGUACUCCCUCGCUUUGUGGGGGAGCAUCCCUCCACAGGUGGAGUGGGUGUUAACACGUCACUGCACGACAUCGCUGUUCGAGCACCCCGAGCCUUGUCCCUCGCAUACGAUGAGUUGGUGAAGAGUUGUACGAGGCCUCUGCCCAGCCUCGGUGUGUUUCCGCUGUUGCAAAUGCUCUCUAUGCUCACCCCCGACCCCCCACAUCUUUUAACGAAUGCAACCAUACUUCAAGCACCUGCUGACACGGCGACGGAUUCUGCUUGUAUUACCCGGGCCAUUGUGCGCUGUGGCUCAUCUAAACAUCUUAUGAUUCGUGCCGCAAGUGCUGUUGCGCUAACUUCACUCGUGCCUCCCGUCCACUUGGAGGGGUUUGUUGCGGAGCUGCUGUCGACGAUAUCGCAAUCAAAAACUCACCUUAACGCAGUACAUGGCGCAUUACUUCAUUUGCAACAGUUUCAUACGUUUUACGUGGGGACGUUACGCCGCAAUGUGAGGACGAAGGCGGUGAAUGGCAACGCAACGGCCACUGUAGCUUUACUUGUCAAUCGAUUGUUAUUAGAGGGCCUUGGUGCAGCUUCUGUGACGGCCUUUACCUCAACGCUCUACCAAGCAUGUGUACACUGCCCCACAGUUGCUGUGACCUUCUUGAGUUUGGCAUCUGAUGUUAUUUACUACACUCAGAGUUUUGGGCUGUGCGAGAAGAAUCCCACUGCCGUCACUAGUUUGAUGCGCUUUGGAGUGGCGGUAGUGUACAAAACAGUCUGUGCGCCCACACGAUCGUUUGAGUUGGCGCGACACGAUCACGCUGCGGUGAAGGAGUACGGUACACUUUUUACUCUCCUAGUGGUUGGACUUCUCUCACUGUCAAGCGAGGAGGAGGAGGAAGAAGGGAAGGGAAAGGAGGCUACAGAUAAACGAAGCAACGCAAUUUCUUUAAAAGAAAGCGAUGCAGUGUGGGAUGCCCUGGCUCAGGUCUUUGCGAGCAAAAAUGAGGAGUGCCUCAUAUCCUACGUUAUGGACCACGUAAGCCACUACACGGCGGAGCAACGGUGGUCACGUGAGGAGUCUAAAAAAACUAUGAGGAAGUUUGCAUUGCGCCUUCACUUGGAUGUUGUACAUGUGGCGUUGCAGAUGUUGUUGAGCGAACUUUCAGAGGGCGCUUCGUUGCAGAGAUUGUCGUGCACGAGGGUUCAGCACAUGAAAGCGCAUCUGGAGUAUCUUGUACUGCUGGGCAACGAUGAGGAGCUACGGUCUGGGCCAUGUGAGGCGUUGUGCAAUGCGGUGGAGGAACGUUUGCUUUGCCGCAUGGAUCCCCAAUCAAAGCUACCGCUGCAAAACACGGAGGUGCAAAGUUGGGCCAUUCGUUUUCUUGGUCGUUGCUGUGUACGUCACGGUGCCUCCAGUGCGACCUUCUUGAGCGUCCUUGAAUACUACUCCCGUCCCUUCUUUAAUGUCCAGAACCGUGCCGCAGCCGUGUCUGCUCUGAACGAUGGACUAUUGUAUCUAGACGACGGCGCUUCUGCCACUGCCCUGAAGCAUCGGUCUGCAUUCUUCUUGAUUCUUCUUCGUCUUCUCCUUGACGACGCAUAUGACGUUCGUGUCGACGCUUGUCGCGUGGUUUCUCAACUCACCUCACCGGGGCACCUUUUACUGGAUCACAUGACCUGUGUACUCUCUCUGUUGUUCCAUAUCCGGCAAAACGGCGGACACCGAGUUCUUGGUGCCGAGUUGCUGCAGCACUACCUGCUGAGCGAGGAUACCUCACACAUUAACGCUCUCGAUCACGGCGACGACGAGAAUAAUAAAAAUGCAGAUAACGAUACGGGUGACUCAGAGUCGGAAGAGGGUGAUGUUCUCUUUGAAAAGGAGGCGGAGAACAUGUUUGCGGAGAGCUCACUCUUGGCCUACCUUGUGGGGGCCAUCAUACAGGAGAAGAGGAACAACGUCCCCACCUUCGGGGUGUUCGAUGAGAUGCUUCGUGUGGCUGAACAGCGAGGCAGUGCGGCAUCUGUGUAUGCCACACUGAUCGCCGAUGGACCGUAA